AUGAGCACCCCCAGCAGCAGCUGCAGCAGCAGCUGCAGCAGCAGCUGCAGCGGCAGCAGCAGCAGCAGGUUUGCUGCGGAGCAGGCGGAGGAGAUGGAGGCGCUUGCUGCGCUGCUGCCGCACCCCGGGGAGUUCCAGCUGCUGCCCUGCUGCUGCUGCUGCUGCUUGCUGCAGCUGCUGCCCUUCGGCCAACGCCCAGCAGCAGAUCCUCUCAACAAAGCCCAAGUCCAACUCAAGUUCUCUUUGCCUCCAGACUACCCCCAAGUCCUUCCCCACUGGCACUUCACUGGCCAUGCGGGAUUUCCAGAAGCAGAGUUGGAGGACUUGAGAGAAAAAAUCCAAAAAGACCUCGAGAGGAAUUUGGGGGGCCCCAUGAUCUUCUCUGCUUCCGAAGUUGCUGUCGAGUGGCUGCGGGAGCGCAGCAAGCCAGUGCAGUCGAUGUACGACCAGAUGGUGAGCCGGCAGCAGCAGCAAACAGCAGCAGCAGCAGCAGCAGCAGCAGACGGAGAAGACUCGAACCUCUACAAAGACAGCGACAGCCAAGAAGAACAUUCCCCAGGAAACGGCCCCGCCGACAGGCCCCUUUGCCCCGAAAACGAGCGCUGCAGCAAAGAGGAGUUCGAGCGCUGGGCUGCUGCUUUUGCUGAAGAAAUGAUUUCGAAGGGCAUAUGGGGCAGCAGCAACAGCAGCAACGGAGUGGUCACGGGCAAGCAGCUGUUCCUAGAGAAUGCUGCUGCUGCAGCAGCAGCAGCAGACGAAGAAGAAGCAGCAGCAAGCGCUGCCUUUUGGAACGAUGCUGCUGUUUUCGAACGAGACGCCAAAGGACUUUCAGACGAGGAGGACUGA